AACACAUUCGUGUUUGUAAAUCGAUUAAAUUAAAGUAUUUUCGUGAAAUUUUAUAUGAAUUAUAUAAAUACAAACAAAAAUGGCGGAAACUCAUGAUAUAAAUCAAAUAGGAGUUUUAUCAAUAAUCUUAUUAAUAUUAUGUACUUUAACAAUGGUUAGGUAUACCUUCUUAGUGUUUUCUGUAUGGUCAUUUACUUUUGGAAUUGGAGUCGCCUUUUUUUUAUUAAGAAAUUACAAAGUUAUUCCAAAUCUACUUCUGCUUCUUGAACUUACUGGAACAGUGAAGGAAGUUGCAGAACUUAAAGAAGUACAAAAUGAAAAGAAGGGAUGUGGAGUUUGUUUGAAAAAAGAUUGUUCACGUCAUAAACCAGAAACAACCAGCCAACCAACCUUUCUACUUGAAAGUUUGAAAGUGCCAAAGCCUGUAGAUGAUGCUAUUACUGAGUUUUUAGAAAUUGUUCUUGGAACACAUGUUUAUUCUUGGUACUGGGACAUAAGUCGCGAUCAAAGGCUUAUUGAUGAGAUUCGUAUAAUGAUUCGUCACUGUGCAGCUGUUAUUUUAAACAGGGUACAAAAGAAAAACAUUCCUCAAUUUUUGUUAAAAAAUUGUUUAAAAAAGUUUAUGAUUCAUCUGGAUUGCUUUUUCACAUCAAAACAGAUAGCUUCUCCAAACGAUGAUAUGCAAACUUUUGUGUUUGAGAAAAAAAACUUCUACAAACAUUUCUGCUUGCAAAGUGAGGCUGCUGAACUUCAAUAUUUAAGAUAUACAAUGCAUGCAAUUCUACCUUAUCUUAUGCCUUCAAAAGCAGCUGACUGUAGAGGAUCAACUUAUCUGAUUGAAGAAAUAUGUUCCAGUAUUAUUUUGAAACCAUUGAUGGAAAAAAUAUCCGAACCAGAUGUUGUCAAUCAUCUUUUGCUAAUAUUUUUAGAUAAAAGCACUCUUCCUGAACCUGACUAUCCACUAAGUGAGAAGGUCACAUUUCUAGAAUCAUUUGGAAAAUCAAGGUCACAUCACACGAACUCUGCUUUAACUCUGUCAUUAUAUGAUUUAAUGCAUAAUGCAGCAUACCUUUAUCCAAUGAUGCAAUUUAUGAAACGAGAAAACGCUCUUAAUUUGUUACAGUUCUGUUUAGCUGUUGAAGAGUUUAAUCAACGCAGUUUGGCCAUGGAUCUCAGUGAAAGUGAGAAAGUCAAGUUGUUAGAUGAGGCAAAACAAAUCCAUUUAGAUUAUUUCGAUAGCAAAGCUGUUGACAAAAUAAAUUUUCCUGAUGAUAUAGUUAAAGAGUUUAAAGAUGCAAUAUUAUCUCCAAAUGAUUCUAUGACUCAACUAAGAACUGCUUCUCCUCUAUUUAGAGCAUUUGAGUUUGCAUCUGAUCUGCUAGAAAAAUACUAUGUUCCUCUGUUUCACAAAAGCGAUGAGUUUUUCUACUUGAUUUGUGGUGACCGAUCACCAAAACAAAAGAAAGUUGUUGAGAGUAAUAUAGAAAAAAGAAAGUUUAUGCCAUUGGCUGAACUAUCUAAGCUGGCUAAUCGAAUAAAAGCUAAAAAGCAAGUUUUAAAAUCGGACAAUAUAAUCUCUAGUGAAACUGAAGUUCCUAAUGAGGAAAACUAUGAAGCUUUUUCCAACUCAAGUGAUGAAUUUGAUGAUGCAGAUGAUAGUGAUGAUGAAAUGUAUGAUCUUAGUUAUUGGCAUGUUGUAGUUUCGCAUAUCGACUUUGUUAUGAAAGAAAAUAAAAAAAGUUUUGUUUUUGUGAUCAAUAUUGAAAGAGUUGGCAAUAGCAAUCCAAGUUGUUCGGAAUCUCAAUGGCAGGUUUACAGGAACUACAGUGAGUUCUAUGUGCUGGACAGUAAACUCAAAAGUUUCCAUGAAUCCCUUAACAAUGAAGUUGAACUGCCACCUAAAAGAACUAUUUUAAAAAGAGAUUUUGAAUAUCUUAGUUCAAUUAAAACUAAACUUCAAGAAUAUUUACAGCGUUUAGUGCGCAGCCCUGUACUUCGCACUAGCAGUCUUCUUCACAGUUUCUUAACACCUGGUGCUGAGAUUACAGGAAUGUUUGAACCUGAUAGUGUUGGAAAAGAGGCUGGAAGAAAGAUGAAAUCACUCAAAAGCAAAUUAGUCACUGAGAAAGGACAGAAUCUUGUGCCAUUUUUGAAUGCUUAUGUUUUGACUGCAGAGCCACCUGUUAAAAAAAAAGUCAUGCCCAAACCUUAUUUGAUACAUCAACAUCAGAAACUUAACAGUCGGCCUUAUCUUCAAAUUCCUCAAAACAUGUGUUCAAUUAAUCCUCAAAGUCAUUUAUUCUACUCUUCAAAUGAUACUGAAUACCCCUGUGGUGUUACGAGCUAUAUAAUAUAUGCUGCCAGAAACUUUUUGAAGGUAGCUCCUUGGAUUCAUCACCUUCUAAUAUGUGCACAAUAUCUUUGUUUGAAUACAUUGGAUGCUUUUGUUGAAAGAUAUGUUACAUACAAGCUUUCACUAGUAACUGCUGAACUGCAGCUUGUUUCUUAUAUUCAUCUUAUCAGAGAUAUUAUAUUUUUUGAUAAUGAACCGCCAAGAACUGAUUCUGAUAAAGUUGCAAGAAGAGAUCAGGCACUAGUUGAACUGCUUGAUUUUUUACCUGAGAGGUUAAGGAGUUUAAUUGGCAUUGAAAACUAUGACCAAGCCAUUAAAAUCAUUUUUGAGAUGUUCCAGUAUCCAAAGCUCAAUAAACAGCUUUUAUAUGUGCUGCUUGACGAACUUUUACUGGAGAUUUUUCCUGAACUAAAAAUUGAGAAUAUUGGUAAGAAGUAACAGGCGAAUUCUCAGCACGCUCCAGUUAGAUACUUAAAAUGGCGCACUCAAAUUUGUUUGUUGCGUCAUCAAGUCAAUCAUCGCUUUGACACUUGUAGCGUACAGAUCUGAAUACUCCACACUAGUAUUUAUAUGAAUACUCCACACAAGUACGCAAUAGCUGUGAUUAAAUAAAUUUGACAAUAAAUUAUACACUAUAUUUAUUAUAUUAGUUAGUUUUUUUUUAUAAAAAUGUGAAAUAUAUUUAUACAUUUUUCUA